AUGUUUCAUCUCCACUUCGGAGUGUCUGUACCUUAUAAAGCUUGGAAAAAAGCCAAACGGGCAACAACAGUCUACAAGUUUCUAAGAGAACUUAUUUUUCAUGUAUGGAAACCUCAUGAGUUUAUUGAGUUAGCGGUGCAAGUAAAUCGAACCGCAGACACUGAAAACAGAGUUGCUAUUGAACCCAAGAAAUUCGAGGCUCUUAAAAGGGGAUAUGCCCAAUAUUUAUUCGAACGCAAAAUGAUCUCUCAAAGCGCAAGCGUAAAAGAAAAGAAUCGGAUUAUUCAGAAAUUUGGAAGAUAUCUGGGGAUUCUAAUUGCUCAAGAACGAAUCAAAUAUUUUUCUUCCUGUGAGGAAGUACGUCAUGAGAGGUAUAGAACAACUUCAGAAGAAAAUGAAGAAGAUGAAGAGGAAAAUGAAGAAGAUGAAGAAGAAAAUGAAGAAGAUAAAGAUGAAGAUGAAAACCAUAAAGAUCGAGCCGAAGAUGAAUUUGAAAUUCAAAACUCAUUCUAAUCGUUUGAUGAAGAAAUCCUUUUAUAAUUUUUG